UUGUCACAAUUCAAGUUUCCGGCUUUUGGCUCGUGAGCUCGCCUCCGUGUCCAUACGUCAUUUCCGAUGGAGGCUUUAGGGGAAAAACAUAAACAUACGAGCUAGCUAACAAGGAAAUUUAGUUAAACUCUUAAAACUCGGAAGAAAUGGCCCACUGAACGGAACGAUGAAUUAAUUAACUAAAGAGAGGGACAUUUUCUUGCACGCCAUGAAUUUAAGGGGACUCUUUCAGGAUUUCAAUCCCAGCAAGUUCCUGAUCUACCUGUGCCUGCUCCUGUUCUCCAUAUUGCUGUCGCUGAGGCUGGAUGGGGUGAUCCAGUGGAGCUAUUGGGCGGUGUUCACGCCAAUAUGGCUGUGGAAGCUGCUGGUCAUCAUCGGGGCGUCGGUGGGCACCGGGGUGUGGGCACACAACCCCCAGUACAGGGCCGAAGGUGAGACGUGUGUGGAGUUCAAGGCCAUGCUGAUCGCCGUGGGGCUCCACGUCCUCUUGCUAAUGUUCGAGGUGUUGGUGUGCGACCGCGUGGCGAGGGGGAGCGGCAACUACUUCUGGCUGCUCGUCUUCAUGCCGCUCUUCUUCGUGUCGCCCGUCUCGGUGGCGGCGUGCGUCUGGGGUUUCAGGCACGACCGCUCCCUGGAGCUGGAAGUGUUCUGUUCCGUCAACAUCCUCCAGUUCAUCUUCAUCGCUCUGAGGCUGGACCGGAUCAUCAACUGGCCUUGGCUGGUGGUGUGCGUGCCGCUGUGGAUCCUCAUGUCCUUCCUGUGCCUCGUGGUCCUCUACUACAUCAUCUGGUCGGUGCUUUUCCUCCGCUCCAUCGACAUCAUCGCCGAGCAGCGGCGGACUCACAUCACCAUGGCGAUCAGCUGGAUGACCAUCGUCGUCCCGCUGCUCACCUUCGAGAUCCUCCUGGUGCACAAACUGGACGGCCACAACAGCCUGAGCUACGUGUGCGUCUUCGUGCCGCUGUGGCUCUCGCUGCUCACGCUCAUGGUCACCACCUUCGGCCAGAAGGGCGGAAACCAUUGGUGGUUCGGCAUCCGCAAGGACUUCUGCCACUUCCUGCUGGAGCUCCUCCCCUUCCUGCGAGAGUACGGCAACGUCUCCUACGACCUGCAACGCAGCGAGGACCCCGAGGCCGCCGAGGACCCGCCCGUCCCCGAGCCGCCGCCCAAGAUCGCCCCCAUGUUCCACAAAAAAAGCGGCGUGGUGAUCACGCAGAGCCCCGGCAAAUACAUCGUCCCGCCGCCCAAACUCUGCAUCGACGCGCCCGACUAGGCCGUCGGGAACUCCGCGUGCGGAGCCGGCGCUCGCUUGAACCGAGCGAAAGUUGUUUUCACUGCGAUGUGGUGGAUAUUUGGGACUUUAAAAAAAAAAAAAAAAAAUUGAAAAAAUGGACGCCGCUCUGCGCUUAAAUCGGGACCAGCCGAGACACGGCGGGUGGGACUUCGAAAGUUGGCGCGCCGGCGAUUGUUUCAGCAGCGCCUCGUUUUUUUUUUUUUUUUUUUUUUUUUGGCGCUGUGGCGUGAAUACAAAGUAAAAAGUGACUGAAGAGUCGGAUUUUCACAUACGACACAAAAAGUUCAGAGUUUGUGGGAAAAUAUGAAAACAACAAAUCCCGGAUGGAAAAUGCACUUAGAAGUUCAGAGAGGUCCCCCGACCCUGCCCCCCCCUUUCCUGUUGUUUGUAAAUAAAUGAAUUUGUCACAUUAGGGACCACAAUGACCGACCCUUUUUGUUUUUAUUUUAUUAUGACAAAGGAGAAGGAGAAGGUACAAGUCCAGACAAAUCGCACGUGAUCUGCACACUUAUUUCCUGUCAAAUUUUAUGAUAAUUACGGUCAAGUAAUUCCAAUACGUCAUUCACUAUUCAUGCAACCUAUAAACCGUGCACCUUACUGAACAAAAUAAUUGAGAG